AUGUUGCUAUAUUUUGGGGAGGCGAAAGCACCUCCACCCCCCACUCUCCUCCGCUCCACAAAUCAAUCUAAUCAUGCGCACCGCAGCGCACGAACUACGAACAUUUUUAUAAUAAAUUUGCGGCUAAUUCUCGUCAGCGGGAAAACAAAAGAGUUUCUCUUCAGUCCAAGUGACUCUGCCGGAGACAUCGCACAACACGUUUUUGACAACUGGCCAGACGACUGGUGCCAAGAAGCUGUUUCAAAGGCUGAAAUAUUGAGACUCAUCUACCAGGGUCGCUUUUUACACAGUAACGUAACAUUAGGUGCUUUAGGGCUGCCCUUUGGUAAGACAACAGUGAUGCAUUUGGUGCCGCGGGAAACACUGCCGGAGCCUAAUUCACAAGGUUCCGUGCAUCAACGACAGAAAAGCAAGGGAGGCAACAGCAGUUGUUGUUCAGCAUCUUGUUGCAUUCUGUAAGCAAAUCCAGGACCGGAUGCAAGAUGUCCUUUCCGAUACUUACCUGUACAAUUCUGAAUGUUCAGCUACUAGUGCCGACAUAUAGAGACUCGGCCCCAGAAUCAAGAAAUAUUUAAGUGAAGUUGUGAUAUGUAAGUGUAAAAAUGUGCCAGACUCUUGAUAGUAUGUGGCGGUCAAGUCCGCGUCAUAUUUUUCCUUGUAAUUAUUUUAGAAUGGGGAUUGUAAAUGUUCCGCGUUAGGCCGGUCCUUGUAGUAAAAAAAUAAACAUGUAAAAAUGGUGGAAAGGAAAGUACUGGAAGGUUUUUGUGCGUUAUACAAUAAUAUGGUCAGAAAAACGUGGCAUAUUUAGCACAAAAUAAUAUGGAAAAGCUGUGUUUGAUAGAUUGUACGUCACUGCUUUUUGCAAAAUUAAGUGUCGUUUUCUCAAUGCGUUUUUUUUUUCUUCGCUCGUCUACGUAUUAAUUUCUCAGUCCUUUUAUGCAUUAAAAGUCGAAUAUGUUCAACUUUUCAGUUAAGUAAAAAAUAAGAAUUUUUGUUGACUCGAAAAUGCCUAUGACACGACGAAAAAAAUGUUGAUCCAUGUUUAAUCUAAAUCUCAAAUGAGACCUUUUGAAUAUUAUUAGUUGAAAUUUGGCACAAUAAUCCACCAAUACUUUCAUUUCUCGCAUUCCCUACUACAAUGACGCGACUAAGCAUCUAUCUUCCCACUCAGGUUCAGUGUUUGUCGAUCAAACGCAAAACUUGAGUGGAUAAAUGUGGUUAUCCUGUCCAGAUUUGUGUUCAGUAUUAUUAUAAUUUUUUCAUCUAUAUGGACGGCUUUAUCGAAGCUAUUUUCAUUUUCUAGACAGGCCAGUUACGGGUAAAAAGAGCAAAUUAGUAAGAAUUUAUGAGCAGACGUUGUGCAAAUAUUUUGAUUCGAAUAGUCAUAUCAUCCAAAAGUCGUUUUCUAUAUAAUAGUAAUUAUUUUAUUUAAAAAAAGGACCACGAAAAAGUAGUAACGGCCUUUUAUAAAUGUUUAUGCAAUUUUUUGGAAAAAUUAUUAACAAAAUGUUAAAUGUUAAUUUCCUGUUUCCUGUUUUGAAAUAAUUUUAUUAUAUUAUAUUUUAUGGAAUUAUCAACAAAGGAAUAUCACCUGCUAUUAAUAGUUCUCAUUUUGGAAAUUUCCGUUUUUAAAUAAUUUUGAACUGACUGUGAGUUUAGAGUCUGUUAAUUAUUUCUUCAACAAAUUAGUGUAAUAUUCAAUAUCCAUUUGUUUUAUAAUAAAGUCGUUAUACUGUUUUAAUUUUAGUCCCACAUUCAUUUGAAAAAAAUGAUAACAGCUUUACGAUCACUAACAUACUUCAUCGAGUUUUGAAAAAAUCUCUAAACCAACAUUAGAACUUCCACCAAAUUACCUAAAAUUUCAAGUUAGAAAUAUGAGUUUAUCGUAACAUAUCAAUUAUUAUCAAUGAUGAGUUAUUACUUAAUUUAUUGUAUUACAUCUUGAGUAAAUAGGUUUAUUGCAGUCUCUAACUUACAGUCAUAUUAAUGACAGUUUUAUAACAAUGAAAACAUGAGUAACACUUGUAAUAAUCAUGACUAAAUAUGUAUUUUUUGGGAAAUACAUGUAGAGUUUCUUACUGACUUACAUUGAGGGUGAAUAACUUUUCUGAUACAGUCUCUCAAAUAGUUUUUGGAAAAACAAAAGAAUGCUUCAUUUAGUAUCAUGACUUUCAAUUAUUCCUGUUAUAUUUGCUUUCAACUUUAUUCUCUUAUAUUUUCUGACACUGGCCUAUUCUUAGAACUGAACAUAUAAUUUGAUUCCUAACAAUUGUACAUACCAUGUCAUUUCGAUUUUUUUAAUUUAAAAAAAUUAAAAAUCUCCCAAAUAUAUCUCGAGAUACGUUGUUCAAACAAAACUUUAUCAAUUGUAAAUAUUUUUAAAUUCUAAGUGAAGGUCUCCGUAUGUAUCCUUGUGUAAAUAUUAUAUUAAUAGUAGGUUUUAAAACGAAUAUAAAAUUACUUAAGGGAUGAUCAGUCACAGAUACAAAAGAUACAGACAGAGUGAACUAGCAGUACUGUCUAAGUCGUCAGGUGAUGGUAGGAUUUCAGGGUGAAUCAAAUCUAUUAGGCCUAGAUCCAAUAAUGUUCUCUAUCCCAGCAAACCCAUAGUUGCUUUUUAUAAAUGCUCGAUACAGGGCGUUUCGUAAUAGAAUGUCAGUAUUUAAGGGUGCGAUUUUUUGGUCCAUCUCAUAAAGAAAUUCAUAUCAACUUUUGAGAUACAGUGUGGUAAAGUUUUCAAAAUAAAUUUAUUUUUAAGUUCUAAAAUACCACAUCCGAUAUUUUUUAAUAAUCGCCAGUUUUGUUCGGACGCCACUGAUUUCUCUUAAUUUUUUUUUCUAAGCAAACGCUUGAUUUUUUCAAUUCCAUGCUCAGUUUUCCCUUAAAAAAAUGACUGAUUAUAUGCACGAUCAUGACAAUUUCGAUAAUAUGACAAUAUCACUAUGCAGAUAUCUUUUACAAAAAAAAAAGUGAUAUGAGUGAUAUUUUUCAGCGUGAAUAUUACCAAUUUCCAUUUUUUCUUUUUACUAAAAAAUGGUACAUCUGAGGAGAAAAUAAUAAGAGUUUAUGUGGAAAUUAUGAAGUUAACUAGAAGUAAUAUCUACCUUAAAAAAUAUCAGUUCUUUACUAGCGUCUCGUAAAAAACUCACGAGAUGUUUGCGGCGCCACUGGGGACGCAGUACAAUAACUUUUUGCACUAAAAUAUGCCAUUUUUAUAUCUUUUUAAUUCAAAAUAAUAUCUAAAGUACCUUCGAAUAUAUAAAAUAAAAAACUUUUCUCUUAACAAUUGAACAUUCUGUCGUAAGUUGAAGCCAUAGAGCGGCGAGCACCAACUAGGAGAACUCAAAACUAAAUUAAUAUAUAUAUAUAUAUAUAUAUAUAUAAGCUUUUAUUCAUAAAAUUAUUUGAGAAAUCUUAUACUGGAGUAUUGGCAAGUCAUACCUGUCGACCUCCGUUAUUAGGUGUCAGCUUUGUCAGAUCUCGGACUGUUGCCGCAGGUUAGCGGAUUUCUUUUUCUGUCAUUGAUGAAUUCUGAGAAUACGAAAUCUUCAGAAUAUUUGCGAAGGAAGUCGAGGUGUGAUCUUUCAUUGGACCAUGUGUCAUGCCAUGAUUAACAAUAAAAAAAUUUCCCUUAAAAGAAAAAUGGAGUCCGUUUUCAUUGAUUCUGAAGGAAUUACUGCAACACUACUUGACAACAUGGCUACGAGGAUGAAAAUAAACUCCGCGGGGCCGGAAGCAAAAACUUUUUAGGAUGCCUCCUAAAAGCCAAGAAUAAAAUUGAACAUGCCCUGUGACAACGAAAUUCGGCGGUAAACAAAAAAUACACUAUCGUUGUACAUCUUUGAGAAUAUUUUAAUCAAUGUUGAAAUGUAUAUUAUGGUUGUCCAAAAAUAUGUUUAUUAACGUCUUUCUUUGAUAACUAGCUUUAAUAAGAAACUCUAAACUAUGGAUUUUUUGAUGUAGAUAGUGUUAUGGAUUUAGGCCUACAAAGAGAAUGCUGGGUAUUCCUCAUGUUACCAUUUUCUUACAGCUUUUGUCUCUGAAAUGUUACCUACUAUGAAUACAUUGUCUCAAAAAAGUAUUCAUACACUGGGUCAGGGAAUAUAUCACAGAACAGAAUCUGUUUGCUAACCAUGAUCACUAUAGAUCAACUAUAAUACAAUGACACAUUCAUACAUAGGCACCUUUUGGAAUUCCAUUUUUCGAUUAGGCGUUUAUGCAUUUCGAGUGGUAUUUUGCAAAUAACGCGAGUAAUAAUAAUUUCUAAUUCCUCGAUCGCACUCUCUUAUCCGUGUAGUCAUAGACUAAAGGAAAAAGUCUAGAAGUGUAAAAUCACACAAUCUAGGCGGUUCAUCUAAUGCACCAAUAAAAACAAAAAAUUAGCUGCUCGCCGAAUUCUUGUCGCAGUCAACCAUGGUUUCACGAGCAGUGUUGCAAGCAGCGCCACGCCGUCAUGUUAGAACCAAGUAUUUUGAAGAUUGUGGGAUCAAAUUUCAGGUAGCAAAUAGUGUAUUUCAUUGUUCAUUCUCUUCAGUGGCUGUAGAAUGUCCAAGAUUUCUUCUUGGCUGGUUGUAAAUUAUUGCGGCGUCCGGUAUACCACACCAUCAUCUUAUAUUGCUCGACCAACGUAAUCUGCCGGUACCUUUAUUUUUAAUAGUCCCACUUUACGUUGUUUUACAAUUUCCAACAGCUGUCUUUCUACACCAUACUUCCUUAACACUUCUUAAUUUGUGAUCUGAGCUGACCAGGGAAUACGAAGGAGUCGACGAUGUGUCAAAAACCUUGAUUCUGUUCAUAGUUCUUGCUCUGAGUGACCAUCAUCUGUAACGUUUUAUUGCACGUAUUCUGGGGUUCAGUGGCAAAUGGCUUCGCUAAGCAUGGUGUACUAACGGUCGCCAAAUAGAAGUGAAAUGAAUGAUGAAUGAAAUGCACGCACACGUUAUCGAAAAUUGGAAUUCCAGAAUAAACCACUUUGACAGUAUUACCAGCCUACAUUUGAAAGAAAUGAUAUUCAAAAACUGAAUGUCAAGAAUGCUUAAUACCUUGGAUAAUAAAGAUAACCUGAGAAAGUUACUGUUUUAUAUAUUUUUUCUUUUUCAAAAACUACUCCUCGGGUUUUCAAUCGCAAGUUAAUUUUCAAGUUGGGUAACUUUGAAAUUGACUAUAAGUUGCCCGAAAACUCUUUUCAAGUUCUGUUUACUUAACGUGUAAUCGUUGAUGAUACUUCUGUGCUUUCUGUAAUGCUCUAUAUUUAUGUCUCGUGUCAUCCGUGGCAAAUCAUGUCACUGUCGUGGUAAACUGACAUUGACCUUGCCGGAAAUUGGAAAACCGGGCCUAAAUAUUAAAUAUGGUCUUGGUGUAAUGCUUUCUUGCGGUAGUGUAUUCGACGACUUGUGAUCGCUUUUUGUACACAAAACAGAAUACUCAUUUGAUCUCAAGAGACGCAAAUGAAUUAAUUACAUUUGUUCGAUACUGAUAUUAUUGACCUAUGGUGUAAACUUAGCAUUCUAGAGACCUGUUCAAUCUUAUAGAGUGCAAACAGUCUUUUUUGAGAUCAAUUUUUCAACAGCUGUUUCAUAUCAAUGAAAACCUAUUUGAUUGAUUAUUAGAAAAUUCUGAAACCAUGAAACUUAUAACCAUGGUUCAUGGUGAAAUAUUCUCCAUAUGUCUCGAUCGGCUUCAUAGACAAUGGAAUAAUUUAUAGGGUGGCAAAAGCUCAUUAACUUUUAUGAUUUUAGGAACUGUGGAAGAAAAUAAUAACUAGAGCUACCUGCACAAGAAAAUUUUUGGGGAAUAAAAUAGUUCAACGUUUCUACAUUUUCUGAAAUCAAUCCAAGUCACAAACUCUUACUUUUUCUAAAAUUCUUGAGACUUCAAUUUUUACUACCCUUUAAAUCUUGUAAACAUAUUUACCACAAAAACCUGAAAAGACUGUAGAUAUCCGUACUGGAGUAGCACAAUGAUUCAUUAUUACAUAGCCACUCUCGUAUGUCUAACUCUAAUAUGUCAAAGAUCUGCAUGGUACUGAUGAUUCCCAGUGAGAAAAAAACAGUACUGCACACGAUUGGUGUUUCUGGUUGAUGCUAAACAUUGAAUGUCAAUGUCUGCAGAAGGCUUGAAUUCUACCUUUCAGAUUAUGAGCUCAAAUUAACUCGAUGAAAAGCCAAGGAACCUUAAAUGUGAGUGUUGCCUUAGCAUCAAACUCUUCUGUACUUCUGUGUUACAUAUGAAUGCUGUUAUGUGAUGAUGAUAAUCAUUCUACAAAAAAAUAUCUUUGCGCUCUACAAAUCCAUCUCUAAAAUCUUAAGUAUACAGGGUGUUGCUACAGAAAAUACGCUGCUAAAUGUUAUAUUGUAGACAGAUUAUUUAUAACCUUUUUUUGGAAUGAAGGAAUUUGAUCCAGAUGAUGCGGUGCGGUGUAGUCAGAACUUCCAACCUUAAGGAAUUUUCAAAAAUAACAUAAUUGGCUCUAAAAUUGUAAUAGAAUCCUCAUACAUUUCUUCGACUACAGCACUUUCAUUAGACGCUUGGUGGCAUUUUUUACACCCCAACAAUAUUUCAAGCUGCACAAAGCUACGUGAGAUUAUUUAUUAUUUAUUAUUUAUAUCAAUCCAGAAAAAUGUGAAAAAUGCGAUUGAUAUUUGGAAAAGCUGCAUAAUAAAGAUAUCGAAUUCUAAUUGUUAUCAGUUUAAUCCAUUUUAUAGUGGUUGUAUAGGUGUUAAAUGUGAAAUAUAUCUAGAGAAAAAUGGACAGAAUGUUGAGACGAGGAGAGGCAAAAGUUAUGAACACCCUGUUAUAUUUAUUGUGAUUUUAUGAUAGUAAAUCUUUUUAUUGUAAAUAGACUUUUUAAUUGAUUCAACUGGAAAUAUAGGCAAUUUUAUUUUCAAUGUUUUUAUUAUACUUGUAUAUUUUUAGUUGGAUAGAUAUUUUUAAAUGACUAAUACAUGUAGUCUCUAUAUAAU